AUGCCCGCCCACAUCCCCAUCGUCAAGAAGCGCACAAAGCACUUCAAGAGGCACCAGUCCGACAGGUACCAUGGUGUCAAGGAGUCCUGGAGGAAGCCCAAGGGUAUCGACAACAGAGUCCGACGAAGGUUCUCUGGCCAGAUCCCCAUGCCCAAGAUCGGUUACGGCUCCAACGCCAAGACCCGCCACCUCCUCCCCUCCGGCCACAAGGAGCUCCUCGUCCACAACCUGUCUGAGCUCGAGCUGCUCUUGAUGCACUCUGGCAAGUAUGCCGCUUCCAUUGCGCACGGUGUGAGCAGCAAGAAGAGGGUGGAGAUUAUUGCUAGGGCCAAGGUUUUGGGUGUCAAGGUCACCAACGCCGCCGCCAAGCUCAGGACCGAGGAGGCCUAA